GACUUGGUCUUGGCCAAUUGUCGUAUUUAAAAAAAGCAGGUUUUGACUACGCUGCUGACCUGCUUAUCGAAUUUAAAAGCGCUAUUGAAGGUCACUCCAAGGUUCGUGACAGAGGGGAGGAUAUUAUUUUCGAGGGAGCCCAGAAUAUCAACCUGGGAGGCUGGAGGCAGUAAAGUACAGUUAUUAGCAUGUGUAUUUAUAAGUAUGUUUGUUUUAAAUGUGGUAUCAUGCCUCAUAUGUAAAUACAACACAGCUCCUGAUUAUUGGAACUUGUCACAUCUUUAUUUUUACAUAGCUGCAAACUCAGUCACAGAAAGGUCUGAGGCUAAAUCUACAGCGAGUUAUGGCAGCAAUGGAUUUACAGAUGCCUUAAAAGGCCUUGACAGUGACGUGACCAAGAUUCCCAAAGCUGAGGAGAAAUACGCAGCACCAUCGGGGGAUAAAACCAGUGUGGGGUCAAUGGAUCUGAGCAGCGUGCCGGUUCAGGGGAGUAGGGAACAAAGUGGGCCACACGAGAAACAAAAAGCAAGCGGUGAGGAAGGAGUGAUGGUGGAGGCUCAGGAGGUUGAACAUUUGUCAGGAAAACCAGUUGUUCGUUUGAGUAAAGACAGAAUGACUGGUAGUGUCCAAAGAAAGGCAACACCAGGAAGAGUUCAUGAGUUGAAUGGGAUGCUGGCUCCAGGCCCAGGCAGAGUGCCGCUGGAUUGGGAUAGUUUGGAGUGCCACAAUGUCAGACCUGCUCCAGUGGGCAUCAGAGGAGAUCCAGACUAUGAUGAAACCAGAGAGUUUAUGAGCCAUGAAAUGUAUCCAAUAGGUAAGAGGAGUUUUCUUCCACAAGUGAAUAUUGUAAAAACAUUGUUUAUAACUGAUUUAUACAGAGCUUUCAUGAAAGAAUGGUAAUUUCUUAUGUAUGCUUUAGUUCCUCCAGAGCAGAGCCCCAGUACCUUCGCUGUUCCAGCAAAGAUCAGAGCCACCGUAUGAUCAGAGGUGUGUUUGCAAUGCAUUUUAAUGAGACAAAUGCAUUUCAUUUAGUAUGUCAUCCCUGUCUAAUUAUUAGACAUUUGUUUUUUAUAGAUCUUGCUUUGUCAUUCUGGUAUGUAUUGCUGAAUACCAAUUAUUUUUCUCUAUUUUUCCUGAUUCUAUUUAUUCCUCAUAGUGAGUCAGGGGCUGCCAUCUGUUGAGUCAUAGGAGGCGGACUGGCUGUUUCCCAAUUCGGGGGCUUUUUCAUCCAAAUGUAGAUGCUUUUCCUUCUUUUUUUCUUAAAUAAAUAAACAGGUUUAAAAAAACAAAACGUGUUAGACUUACUAGAAACUGGUUAAAACUGCUGCAGCAUGAUAUUUGGUUGAAGAUUGUAGUUUACAUUUUAAAUCUAAAUAUACUGAAAAUGUGUCUUUUGUCAGAUCUCUGUAUUUGUUAACUGUCAAGUGAAGAUGUGAAUAUAAUCGUGUGAAAUACAGAAUAAAAGAACAAGUACAUAAUGCAUCUUAAUUAUUUUCUUGUUUUUAAAAUGUAGUUUAAUUUACAAUUGGUUAAAUAGAAAAUAUAUAAUUUGAAGACAGCUUAAGAUUUACAAACAAGCAAAACAACAUAAUUAAAUCAUGCAAAACAU